AUGAGUCCCCGCCGCCAGCUGUGCGCCCCCAGGGUCUCUUGCUGUUUCUGGCUCUGUCCCGAGCGCUGCCCUGUCCCCACGAGCCCCCCGGAGCGGCUGCCAGCAGCAGCUCGGGCGGCUCUGUUCAGCGCUAACGAGGAGGCGGAGCAGCUGCUGAUAAAGGUUGGAUUUGUUUUUCAGCUUCCUGAUGGAGUCAAUAUUUCCAAAGAAGCCCGGAGCGCAAUCUCCCGAGCAGCGAGUGUGUUUGUGCUGUAUGCAACAUCAUGUGCAAAUAACUUUGCCAUGAAGGGGAAGAGGAAAACCCUGAAUGCUGGGGACGUGCUCUCUGCCAUGGAGGAGAUGGAGUUCCAGAGAUUCGUGGCCCCUCUGAAGGAAUCCCUGGAAGUUUACAGGCGUGAGCAGAAAGGAAAGAAGGAGGCCAGGAAAGAUAAAGACAAGAAGGCAGACUCAGAGGAGCAAGAUAAGAGCCGAGAGGAGGACAAUGAUGACGAUGAUGAAAGGAUGGAGGAGGAAGAACAAAACGAUGAGGAAGAGGUGGACAACUGAGCUGGCUGGUGGGCAGGGGCCGGGGUGCUCUCAGAGGGACAGAAACGCUGUAAAUCAACCUUGUUGUGUCCCCUCCUGUUUCCAUUGGAGCUUUGUACUGCCCCUCUGUGGGCUGUAAUUUGUACAUAAAGGGGUCCUGCUGAGGCUUUUCCCGUGGCAGGGCGGCUCCUCCCUGUGCCUGGGGGGCUUUGGCCCUCCCCAGGCUCUGGGCAGGCACUACCUGGGCUUUUGAUGCUGGCUCUGAAAGAGAGGAAAAAAGAACUGGUGGGUGCUCAGUGCAGAAACUGGCCAGGAGAACAUGAGACUCUUGAUUAUGAGGGGCUGAACCCAGUAGAUCAUUUGUAGAUCACGUUUGGGGUGUAGAACGUAGGUGAUGAUGUCCAGAGGCUUGGAAGCUGCACAUUAAAGCUUUUGGUCCAAGUUGUUUUUUUCCCCUUUGUUCCCUUGCAUCCUGGCUGUGCCUUCCCUCCCUGCUGUGCUGUGACAGUGACACUGUGUCCUUCAGCCCGAGCAGCAGCACAGGGUGGCUGUACAGGGACCAUGAGCUCACUCACUGACUCACCCAAACUAACCCAAAUCUGAAAAACGCACAGUGCUGACCAUGUAAGCUGUACACUGAAAGUGUCUUUGAGAGCCCUGAGAAACAAAGAGAUUAUUUAAAACCUGAAGCACAAUGAGGGGCUAAAAUGAGGAGCAGGGCUGAAAACAGGUGCAGUGCAGUGCUGGGGGUGUGACAGGUCAGUGGUGGCACUGGGGUCUGGUGGUCUCACCUGUCCCCCUGCAGCAAGCUGAGAUGUGCUAGAACAGAGUGGUGAAUCAUGGUGGCUGUUUUUUCCCCUUUUCCCAGUUGGAACAAGCUAAUUGCAUCCAAGGUCCCUCUGUAGCCUUCACUGGUCAUUCCAGGGACAUGGAUGCCUGUGGGAGGGCAGCAGGGACAGGGUGCUCCCACCCAGAGGCCCAUGUGGUUUCAAAAAAGGGUCCUGCAAGAAAGAAGGGCUGAGAGAAGCUGUUGGUAUCCCUUGUGCUAGUGUAGGUUUGUGCUUUUCCAUUUGAACUCUUAGUUCUGAUGCCUUUCUCCCUCAGAAAGUUUUAGGUACAUUUAAAACCCCCAAGUUUUGAUGAUGUGCAGUUUUAAAAUAGCACUUUGUGAGGAAUCCUGGAAUCCAAAGAAAAUGGUGGCAGCUACCCACAAGAAGCACCCUGCUUUCCUGCUUUUCUGGAUUUUCACGCUGGAUUUUCACACGCAGCUUCUGAAAAGAACUGAACCAACACAGAUGUUUUCCUGACUAGUUUCUGCUGGCAUUCAGUCAGGCUGUGGAAAGCCUGAACUGAUGAUGUGUUCCCAACAUCUCUGAUAAACACCCACCUUCCAGCUCUUUUCCUCUCUUUUUUUUUAUUUUUU